AUGACACAACAGAAGACCAUUGCCGUCGUCAACGCGACGGGUCGCCAGGCUGCUUCCCUUAUCCGCGUCGCUUCCGCCGUCGGCCAUCAUGUACGAGCUCAGAUUCAUUCGCUCAAAGGCAUCAUUGCGGAGGAGCUGGAGAGUCUGCCAAAUGUCACCUUGUUCCAAGGACCUUUGACCAACAAUGUCCCCCUGAUGGACGCCCUCUUUCAAGGGGCCAACCUGGCCUUCAUCAAUACGACGUCACAAUCAGGCGACGAGGUCGCAAUCGGGCGUGCGCUCGCUGAUGCGGCUAAACGGGCUGGAACCAUUCAACACUACAUCUACAGCAGUAUGCCAGAUCACUCCGUCUACGGACCAUGGCUGCCCGUACCGUUAUGGGCGCCCAAGUUCACUGUCGAAAAUUAUAUCCGGCAACUCGGACUUCCCGCAACCUUUGUUUACGCCGGAAUCUACAACAACAACUUCACCAGUCUACCAUACCCGCUUUUCCAAAUGGAACUCAUGCCCGAUGGGAGCUUCGAGUGGCAUGCGCCAUUCGACCCGGAUACUCCGCUGCCGUGGUUGGAUGCGGAGCAUGAUGUUGGCCCGGCCCUGCUACAGAUUUUCAAGGAUGGCCCCAAGAAGUGGCACGGUCACCGGAUUGCCCUGACGUUUGAAACCCUUUCCCCCAACCAAGUGUGCGCAGCAUUCUCGCGAGCCUUAAAUCGCCCGUGCCACUACAUUCAUGUGCCUAAGGUCGAGGUCAAGGUGAAUAUCCCGACUGGAUACCGAGAACAGCUGGAGGCGAUCGAGGAGGUCUUUGGUCGCUGCAAUGCACCUUACUUCCCGCAGCCCGAAUUCUCCCGCCCUGCAGCAGGCUCCCCCAAGGGCUUAGGCCCGGCCAAUGGGAAAGGCGCCGGCGCCGGCAUGAUGCAGGGUCCCGGAGGGGUCGUAUCGCUGAGAGUCACCGACGAGGCUCGGCACCUGUGGGAGGGUUGGCGUGAUAUGGAAGAAUAUGCGCGUGAGGUCUUUCCGAUCGAAGAGGAGGCCAACGGACUGGACUGGAUGCUGUAA